ACGAAAUCUAGGAAAUUUGACUACUUCAAUUCAAGAGCUUGGUAGCUCUGAAGAAAUUAUCUGCAAAACGAAACAAUGAAUGCUGCAAAUAUUCGUUCAACGACAUGCCCAGGACAAAAAAAAUUGUUGACAAAGCAUGUUUUCCAAAUGUUCUCCGCAACUGUUCGUUGACUUCGUUAAAAAGGGUUUUUGACUUCUUCGUUGUCAUGGUUUUAGUUAUGGUGUCAUUAACUUUGAUCUACAGACCCGCCAAGAUAUUUCGCCGUCAUAAAAGAACGUUCGCUUACCAAGACCCUGUUGCAGACAUCGUACUGUCAAGCGAUUUCUCGGACGAUGGAUUUUUUUUCGUUCCAUUCGAAGAGAAGGAAAAAUACCUGUCGUAUGAGGCACCAGUAGGCAGUUGGAGUAAACAGCUUCAAGCCUUCGAGAACGCCGUCAUAAUAUCGAAAAUGCUUAACAGAACUUUACUCGCUAAACCUUUGGCCAGUGAAUUAGAAAUCAAGCGACUUUCGCAAGUAGUGAAACGCACUUUUCAGCCCCACUCAAAGGUCUAUGACAUUUUGGACACAAAAUUCACCGUUCCAGUUUCCUCCAUACUGGAUUUGAAUCACUUAUCGAAGCUGAUCAGAGUUCAAAGUGUACCUCAUCAACAGUUUAUAAACAAUUUUGAAAACUUGUCACGGUUCGAUGUUUGUCAUCGCGACUCGGUGGGCUUCUGGGUCGAUUUUGUACCAGCGGCAACUAAUAAGAACGCAUGGAAAGUCCUCGAAGCGCAAAACUUUGCUCCUUUGUCAUUCUCUAUUUCUGCAGUAGACCCAGCUUGUGAUUUUGGACUAGAGGUCAAAAGUGAUUCUCACCAGCCCAAACCUGUCAUUAGAGGUAUCCUCUCCGAGUUAAGUCGCGUUAAGGAGGAUUUGUUAUAUUUUCGGGCGGGAUCCAUGGCAACCACUGAAAUACGAUUUCUGUCCAAAAGACGGACAGCACUAGCGCAAGAAUGGACGGAUAACUACAUUCGUUUCACUCGAUAUGUUCAGGAAAAGUUUCUGAGAAUCAUGGCUAAAAUAAAACAGCCGUACAAUGCAAUGAUGAUAUCUCGAAACGAGGAAGGAAAUCUGAAUAAUACAAUUUAUUACAGAUUAAGACAAAUGGAAAAGAUGAAGUUUCGUAACAUAACAAAUGUCUUGUAUAUAAUUACUCAUGUAAAUAACCUGACACAUUUUGAACCAUUGAGAACGCUGGGAUAUGAGAUGUACUUAUCUAGGGACUUAGUCCCUUCAGGGAUAAGUUCAUUCUUACGGCACGAUGUGAUAGAACUCUUUGGAUUAGUAAUUUGUAAAUAUGCUAGGCUAUACGCAGGCUCGACGGAGCCGUAUCUCAUUCGACGAGGUCGCAUUCAUGAGGCCGAAAGGAAAGAUGGUCUACUUGUUGAUCACGUGACUGUCAAGUGGGCGGGGCACACUGUCAAGAGAAGACAUCGUAUCUUGCCGCCUCGCAACGUGACAAGCUACGGGCAGCUAAAUUUGAGAACUCACAAGCCAAAUUACAUUUCUUGUACAGUUUGUAAAUUCAUGCACAAUACGCUCAGACACAAAAUUUGCGUUCCAAUAAUGAGUGAAUGUUCUAAGUUAAGACUUAUUUAG